ACCAAAAAUCAAACAGGAAUCUUUUGUAACCCCAAGGAGUUUAUUAAAUUGGCAAGAAACAACGAAAAGAAAAAUGGAGUUAAUUUAAAAUUUGUGGAUGGAUUUAUCAACGAGAAACCAAUUAAAAUUAUGAUAGACACUGGAUCUGAAAUAACAUUGGUCAACAGAAAACUAAUAGAAGAAGUUAACUUAACAAAUUUAAUUUACAAAAUACCUAGGGUAAAUUUAGUGGGCGCAAACAAACGGACAUUGGCAACUAUAAAUGAAGGCAUACGAGUAAUGGUACGACUGGGUAAGAAGAUGUAUGCACUACAAUGUGUAAUAAUGCCAAACAUGUCACAUGACAUGAUAGUAGGAGUUGACGAAUUGGCAGAAAAACAUGUAGUGAUAGAUUUUAAAAAUAAUACGAUGAAUCUAACAGAAGAAAAAGAAGAAGAACAGAACAAGGAACAGGAGAAACAAAAUACGGACAAAUCAGGUAAAGAACGAACAGUGGAAAUGAAUUUGGCAACGAAGCAAGGACAAAGAAGAAAAGGGAGAAAAAGUCAGAAAAAGACAAAAGAAAAUGAAACCUGUGGCUCCUCAAAAGAAGAGUUGAGCCCAGAAGAAGAAAAAUUGAGAGUAUCAAAAGCAAAAGAAAACUGGGAUUCCUCAAAAGAAGAGAUGAGCUCAGGAGAAGGAGAAAUAAAGCUAACAAAUGAAAGCGAAAAAGAUAUAAUCGAAACAGUGGCAUUUGAAGAGGAGGCAUAUGAAAACGAGGAUGCAGAAUGCACGGUAAAAGUAAGUGAAAAAUCUGAGGAAAAAGACAGAAGAUUGAUAUGGGAAAAAGGGAAAGACAACAUAAUAGCCGACACUCUAACACAGGAUGAGGACACUGAAAAUAAGGAAACAAUUACUCUACAGGUGGGACUAAUUAGAGUAAUACAAGAAGAAGGGGUAUAAGACGUAGAUUAAAGUAAGGAAAUAUACAGGGAGUUGGUUUUGCCUCGAGAAAAUUUAUUUAAAAAUGCAGAUAAAUUUUAUCGAAUACAAGGCGGGGAUUUGUUAUAUUUCUAUUUGAUAUGAAAAUUAAAAUUUGAUAAUUAUAAACAGAAUUCAAUUUAAUAUAAAAUAUUUUCAAUUUUCUCAACCACGGGCAUAUAAAUUUAGAACAACCUGUAUACAACAAAUUGUUAUAUUUAAUUUUAAGAAGUGAUUAAAUAAGACUCAAGUGAAAUCGUUAAUAGGUCAUUAUCGUUUGUUCGCGGAAGGAUCGAUCAUUAGCCGAUGCUAAAUAAGACUAAGUGGAAAUAGAGAAUAGGUCAUUAAAAUUUGUAUAUAGUAGAAAGUAAUUUUAGAAUGGGAAUUAACUAUUUUCUUUGAAAUCCAUUAAGCAUAUUUAGAAAGUUUAAAAUUUGGUUUUGAGGAAUACUGCGAAUGAGAGUUGGUGGUGGAAGUUUGAUUUGUGAAUCUGGAAGGGAUAUUUAGAAAGUAGGGGAAUGAAUGACAAAUAGAGAUCAGAAUGUUUUGAGCUGUC